AUGCAGACCACCGGCAGCAACCCGUUAGAGAGUAAUGUGUCAUCAUCUCUGGACCUGCUCACACUGGACAUGAGAGACCUCGUUCGCAGAGUUCAGCAGCUGGCCCAUCUCGGUAUUGAGGACAACCGUAUCGCCUUGCCAAAGAUUUGUGUCGUGGGAGAUCAAAGCACUGGUAAAAGUUCUCUUAUCGAAGCCAUCUCGGAAAUCAAAGUUCCCCGCAGUGCAGAUACAUGUACCCGUUGUCCUAUGGAAAUUGUCUUGCGUGAGAGCGAGCCGGAUCAGCAGUGGAAGUGUGUGGUUUCCCUCGUUCAAGGCUACUACUAUGACCCUCAAAAGCAACUCAAAUCUAAGGGUCCAGAGAAGUCUGAAUAUCUUGGCCCUUGGCUUCGCAAGUCUAGUCAAGACGACUAUAAGUUCAUCACCCUCACUGAUAAAGGAGAAGUGCAGGAUGUUAUCUGGCGUGCUCAAUUUGCAAUCCUGAAUCCGACUACCGACUCCCAGGAUUUUCUGCCGCCACGAGACAUUCAGUUUGCGGAGAAAGAGGUCAAGUUUUCACCGAACGUCAUCAGGCUGGAUAUUUCUGGUCCAGACCUUCCAAACCUGUCCUUCUAUGACUUGCCAGGUGUCAUCAACCAAGCGGAUAACGAUCGUGAGAAAUAUGUGGUCGGCCUCAUUCAAAAAUUGGUCAGGCAAUACGUUUCCCAGCAGAACUGCAUUGUUUUGACCACUCAGUCAAUGACGGAUGAUGCCUCAAAUUCAAGUGCAGGCCGUCUGGUACGAGAUGUUCAUGGCGCGAAGGAGCGCACACUCGGUGUGAUGACGAAGCCAGAUCGCUUAGAGACAACCCAAAGCAAUUACCACCAGUGGCUUGAAAUGCUAGAGGGCAAAAAGUUUGAGUUUGGCUUGGGGUGGUACAUUGUUAAAAACAACCCAGAUCCAAAUGUCGACCAUGUAACAGCACGACAGGAAGAGGAAAUCUUCUUCGCAGAUCCUUUCUGGUCCGGGGUCAUGGCAUCACAUCAAGAACGUUUUGGGGUUCGCAAAUUGGUCACGACUCUUUCUCACUUUUUGCGAUUGCAGAUUCAAAAAUGUUUGCCUUCCAUAAUCAAGCAGAUCGAUGAAAAGGCUAUACGCAUUGAGAAUGAGCUGAAGAGUCUACCAGAUCCACCUCUCGUUAAUCAUUCAUUUGUUUUAAUUGACAAGGUGGUGAAGCUGGGCCAGCAGUUCAACUGCUUAUUCAGUGACGGCUACGAGAGUGCUUUGCUUCAGAAACCUUGGAACGACCUUGUGUUAGAUUUCAAGAAGGCUUUGGAUACAACCAAGCCACUCAUUGUCCUAAGCGCUCCGUUGGACCAGAACCCUCGCGGUGUGAAACGAAAGGCCCCCGCCUCGGAGAACUCGAUCAAGACCCAGCCGGGGACUUCCCAGUCCGCCCCAGAGAAGCGGGUGUAUCUCACUGAUUCUUUCGAUGGGUUAGAGAGCCCAAAGCGGUUUACACUUGACCACAUUCAAAAUUUGAAACAGGAAUGCCAGCAUGCCGGAGUCCCAAAUCAAAUCGAUCCCCGUGCCAUACAAAAAUUGAACCAGUCGAUGAUUAGCCACUGGGAAGUGGUGGUGAAAAGUUUUGCUCAAGCCCUUCAUGGGGUAUUGGAAAAGGCAGUGUUGAGUGCCUUGAAUGAUGUAAUGUCAAUGUACCGGCAAACUGGAUUGUAUCGUGAGUUCCAGAAGAUCAUCCAUGAUUUCCUGGCCAAAGUGACAACCGACUAUGACCAGCAAGUUUUGGCCUAUUUCCAGAUGGAGUAUGAAACUCCAUUUACGAUGGCACAGGCAGAGCACAAACAAAAGACCAGCAAGGUUCUGGCUGAUCUUUCCAAAGCCCGUGGACUCGCUCGAUCAAAAGUCUGGCAAAAGGUCCGGGGCUUGUCUGACGACGACAAAGCUAACGUCCACGCGGAUCUCGGACCCGAUCCUUUCUCACAAGAGAUCGAAAUGAUUUCUAGUUCUCGGGGGUAUUAUGAGAUCGCGGCCAUGCGAUUCACGGAUAUGGUUUGUCUGCUGGCCGAGUCCAAGAUCAGAGCUCGAUGCAGAGUUGAGCUAAAAGAAACGUUGGAAGGUCGAUUUGGAUCGACCAGCGAAGAGCGCUGCCGGGAGCUGAUGGCAGAAGAUCCCGAGCGAGAACAUCGGCGCAUCGAUCUGACGAAACAAAAAGCCAGACUAACACAGGCCUUGAUGUGGCUAUCCGCUAUGCAUAAAACGGACGAGGAUGAGAGGACCCCAUCCGAUGAUACAAUGGAUAAUGGGGAAGAUCUCGCCGAUUGGGACACGGACACGUUUAUCUAA